AGAUUACAGUAUAAACAUGUCAGAUUACAGUAUAAACAUGUCAGAUUACAGUAUAAACAUGUCGGAUUACAGUAUAAACAUGUCAGAUUACAGUAUAAACAUGUCAGAUUACAGUGUAAACAUGUCAGAUUACAGUAUAAACAUGUCAGAUUACAGUAUAAACAUGUCAGAUUACAGUGUAAAAAUGUCAGAUUACAGUAUAAACAUGUCAGAUUACAGUAUAAACAUGUCAGAUUACAGUAUAAACAUGUCAGAUUACAGUAUAAACAUGUCAGAUUACAGUAUAAACAUGUCAGAUUACAGUAUAAAAAUGUCAGAUUACAGUAUAAACAUGUCAGAUUACAGUAUAAACAUGUCAGAUUACAGUAUAAACAUGUCAGAUUAGUGUAA